AUGGUUAGCUGGAAAUGGGUCAGCCUUGUACUUAUGCUGGUGCAGAAUGCUAUUACGCCAAUCGUCUUUCGCUAUGCUACAACUGGUGCGAAAGCACAGGACCGCUUUAGCACAUCUACAUCCAUUGGCUGUCAGGAGGCUUUAAAGCUGCUGAUGUCCUUUGGCUUGGCAGCUGUGGAGUUUGGCAGUGCUUCAGCUGCGCUGGCAGCGAUAUGUGCUGUGAAGCCAGGCGACUCUGCGAGGCUUGCAAUUCCAGCGAUUCUCUUCGUUCUUCAAAAUGCAGCGAUGCAGCUUGCAACAGUGCAUUUGCCAGCGGCACUUUUUCAAGUCACGUGGCAAGGGAAGACGCUCGUGAUGGCUGGCCUUUCGGUACUGCUCUUGGACAAGAGGCUUGUGAGAUCUGCGUGGCUUGCUAUUGCUUUCAUGGCAGUUGGAAUCGCAGUGGUCCAACUCUCACAAAGCAAGGAAGGCAAGCAGGCUCUCAUGGCAAAUGCUUCUGAGCAACAGCCUGCUUUAGGCCUCUUCUUUGUGCUUGGUGGCUGCCUUUGCUCGGGCUUCGCAGCCGUAUACUUGGAGAAGCUCGUAAAGCAGAAGGAAAAAACAGAGCGGACUUCUAUGUGGAUCCAAAAUAUGCAACUGGCAUUCUAUUCACUGUUGUUGACCUCUCUUACGUCUACGAUGAACUCCGUGGCGGAGCACACUGGAUUCUUUCGGGGCUUCUCUUUCAGCGUAUGGAUCAUGAUCCUUAACAAUGCCAUAGGAGGCUUGCUUGUGGCCUUAGUCAUCAAGCAUGCAGACAAUAUUCUCCGUGGUUUUGCAACAGCACUUGUCGAAGUGGGUGCUUGGAGUAUAGCAGAGUUCCUGCUCGAGGCAAAUGCUGACAUCAAUGCCCUUCGAUUUGACGGCAAAACAUCGCUGAUGCUUGCGGUUGAAGCAAACCAAGUGGAGUUUGUACGAACCAUUGUCCAUCAAAAAGCAGAACUCAAUACCAAGGAUGAACGUGGUUCAACAGCUCUAUCAAUCGCUCUGGAGAUGAAGCGCUCCAGCCAAAUGGAUUUCUUGCAUAUCCUUGCAAAUGGCCACUGCGACUUGAACAUGAUUUGCCCAGCAAGCAAGUUGCCGGCCGUGACCCUCGCAGCUUCAGCCGGCAACAUGGAGGUGGUCGAACUACUAGUACGGUGCCGUGCUGGAAUACAUGGUGAACAUAGCUCAGUUGCAGCUGCAGCUGCCUCGGAAAAAUGGCAUAUGGUGAAGCGCUUGGUGGAACUUGAAGCAGAUCCGAAUGUUGCCAUCAGCUACAAGAGCGAGUCAAUGAAGACAAACGGAUAUGGCAAUCCGAAGCCUUCGACUGUGCUGAUUCAGGCAACUAAGUCUGGAGAUGAAUCACUGGUUCAGUUUCUUUGCCACAAAGGUGCCUCAGCCAAUUUCAUGAGUGACAGCAAUGAAAGCGCUUGCGGAGCAGCAGCAGCGGCAAACCACUUGGGCGUCCUCAAGAUUCUGGCUGAAGCACAUGCAGACUUGGACAGAAGCCCACUUCAUGGUCUUCCGCCUUUGCUUGUGGCAGCCAACUCGAAGAGGUGGGCAGCACUUCAUUUGCUCUUGGAGCUUCGUGCUGAUACGGAAGUCUGCAAUCCAGAUGGAGAAACUGCAUUGAUCAUAGCAGCAAGUCAAGGAAAUGCAAGAGGAGUUUCCAAGCUGAUUGAUUGCAGAGCAAAGUUGGAAGCACGCAGCAAAGGCCAGACAGCCUUGCUUGCAGCUGCACGCCAGCAGAGCUGGAUGGUUGUGCGCAGACUUGCGGAAGCACGGGCGGAUUUAGAUGCAAUCGAAUCACCAGAUGCCAAGCCAGUCAUUGUCCGCCUGGCUGAGACGUCACAGUGGGACACUUUGAUUCACUUGGCUCGACAUGGGGCAAACUUGGAGGCUAAAGGCCUUGCUGGAAGAACCGUGCUGAUGUAUGCUGCCGAGAGUGGCUUGGAUGACGUUGCCUGGUGGUUGUUGCAAUGUCGAGCUGACCCUAAUGCUGAAGAUCAAAGGGGGGAAACGGCCUUGCUGAAAGCUUGCAACCGCCAGUUAGAAAGCUUCAUGCGACUUCUUUGGGAAAAUGGAGCACGUAUUGAGAUACCACUGCAGAAAUCCAGAAUUCCUGCGAUGUCGAAACUAUUGCGGAAAUGGCAGGGAAAUACAGACGACUGA